GGCCCGGUGCUGCGCGAAGGGGAGCGGGGACGCUAGUGCAGAGCUUGGAGCGCGGUCGGGCCUGGCGCGAUGGGCGGAGAGCAGGAGGAGGAGCGGUUCGACGGCAUGUUGCUGGCCAUGGCUCAGCAGCACGAAGGCGGCGUGCAGGAGCUUGUGAACACUUUCUUCAGCUUCCUACGACGAAAAACAGACUUUUUCAUUGGAGGAGAAGAGGGGAUGGCAGAGAAGCUCAUCACACAGACCUUCAGCCACCACAACCAGCUGGCACAGAAGGCCCGGAGGGAAAAGAGAGCUCGGCAGGAGACUGAGCGGCGGGAGAAGGCGGAGCGGGCAGCCCGGCUGGCCAAAGAAGUCACGUCUGAAACCCCUGGGCCCCAGAUCAAGGAGCUGACAGAUGAGGAGGCAGAGAGGCUGCAGUUGGAGAUUGAUCAGAAAAAGGAUGCAGAGAAUCAUGAGGCCCAGGUCAAGAAUGGCAGCCUUGACUCUUCAGGAAAGCAGGAGGCCGAAGAGGACGGGGAGGAGGAAGACGAGAAGGACAAAGGAAAACUGAAGCCCAACCUGGGCAAUGGGGCAGACCUCCCUAACUACCGCUGGACCCAGACCCUGUCGGAGCUGGAUCUAGCAGUGCCCUUCCGCACGGACUUGCGGCUGAAGGGCAAGGACGUGGUGGUAGAUAUCCAGCGGCGGCACCUGCGGCUGGGGCUCCGGGGGCAGCCUGCGGUCAUUGAUGGUGAGCUGCACAGCGAGGUGAAGGUGGAGGAGAGCUCGUGGCUCAUUGAGGACGGCAAGAUGGUGACUGUUCAUCUGGAGAAGAUCAAUAAGAUGGAAUGGUGGAGCCGUUUGGUGUCCAGUGACCCCGAGAUCAAUACCAAGAAGAUCAACCCUGAGAACUCCAAGCUGUCAGACCUGGACAGUGAGACCCGUAGCAUGGUGGAAAAAAUGAUGUAUGACCAGAGACAGAAGUCCAUGGGGCUGCCCACUUCGGAUGAGCAGAAGAAACAGGAGAUUCUGAAGAAGUUCAUGGAUCAGCACCCGGAGAUGGAUUUUUCCAAGGCCAAAUUCAACUAGCCCCUGUGUUUGCUUCCCUAAACUUUUGGGGCCGAGUCCCCAACCAUCCAGCUUCCUUUUCCACCCUUCCUGGGGACUUAGAGGCCCCAGGGCUGGGACAAGCACGUGAGUCCCAGACACUGUGGGAGAAGUGCUGGGCCUGGGGGUCUCAUCCUCCCAGUUGGCCAGUUGUUACACAUUAAAGCUAUGUACCCAGUUC